AGGAGUUGCUCCUGCUGCGAGGAGUUUCCAGCCGCCCCACAGCAGAGUCUUCGCUGGCCCGCUGAGCGUGAGCCAGGCAAAGGGCCAGAGCCCGGGCGCCGUCUCCGUCUCUGCUGUCCGUUUGGGUUGGACCCUGGCAUCCAGGUCUCCUUCUUACUUUGGAAACUGAAGGGGCUGCGCCAUAAACCAGUGUUCUUCUCUGAAGUAAGAUGGGUUGUCAAAAAUUUUGUGUGGCUUUGCUGUACUGCGAAUUUAUUUAUUUGGUAACGGCGUUUAACUUGGCAUAUCCCAUUAAGUUGUUUUGCAUGCCACCAAACACAACCUAUGACUUCCUCAUGCCUGCUGGAAUCUCGAAGAACACCUCACAUUUGAAUGGACAUUCUGAGACAUUUUUUGAAGCUAAAUUGAAUUCAAGUGGUACCAACUCUUCUAACUUAUUAUCCCAAACAACUUUCCACUGUUGCUUCUGGAGGGAGGAAGAUAAAAACUGCUCUGUGCGUGCAGAUGGUAUUGAAGGGAAGGCAUUGGUUUCAACAGUAAAUUCUUUAGCUUUUCAGCAAACAGGUGCAAACUGGAACAUACAGUGCUGGAUGAAAGAGGACUUGAAGUUAUUCAUCUGUUCUAUAGAGCCAUUAUUUAAGGAUUCUUUCAAGAAUUAUGACCUUAAGGCCCAUCUUUUGUAUGUUCUGUCUGAUGUGUUAGAAGAGUCACCGUCGGACCCUGAGACAGGCGGUUUUCAGCCCGUUCCAUGCAACUGCAGCGCUCAAGGAGGUUGUGAAUGCCGCGUGUCUGUGCCAGCAGCCAAACUCAAUGCCACUCUUCUUAUGUACUUAAGAAUCUCAUUGGCUGGAAUAGUGUUUCAGUCACCUCUCAUGUCAGUCCAACCCAUGAAUAUCGUGAAGCCAGAUCCACCAUCAGGUUUGCAUAUGGAAAUCACAGACAGUGGUAACUUAAAGAUUUUUUGGUCCAGUUCAACACUGGUACCUUUUCAACUUCAAUAUCAAGUGAAAUAUUCAGAGAAUUCUACAACAAGUGUGAGAGAAGCCUAUGAGAUUGUCUCAGCUACAUCUCUGCUAACGGACAGUGUGCUUCCUGGGUCUUCAUAUGAGGCUCAGGUGAGGAGCAAGAGACUGGAUGGCCCAGGAAUCUGGAGUGACUGGAGCACCCCCGUUAUUUUUACCACACAAGAUGUCUUAUACUUUCCACCCAAAAUUCUGACAAGUGUUGGGUCUAAUGUUUCCUUUCACUGCAUCUACAAAAAUGGAAACAAGGUCCUUCCCUCAAAAAAGAUUGUUUGGUGGAUGAAUUUAGCUGAGAAAAUUCCUGAAAGCCAGUAUGACGUUGUGGGGGACCACGUUAGCAGAGUUACCCUUCCCAGUGUGAAUGCCACCAGACCUCGAGGCAAGUUCACCUACGACGCAGUGUACUGCUGCAGCGAGCAGGAGUGCCACCAUCGCUACGCUGAGCUGUACGUGCUCGAUGUCAAUAUCAAUAUAUUAUGUGAAACUGAUGGGUACUUAACUAAAAUGACCUGCAGAUGGUCAGCCAAUGCGAUCCAGUCACUCGUGGGGAGUACUUUGCAGUUGAGGUAUCGUAGGAAAAGCCUUUACUGUCCUGAUGUUCCAACUAUUCAUCCCACCUCUGAAGCCAAAGACUGCCAUGUGCAGGGAGAUGGUUUCUAUGAGUGCGUAUUUCAGCCCAUCUUUUUGUUGUCCGGCUACACAAUGUGGAUAAGGGUCAAUCACUCUUUGGGUUCACUUGACUCUCCUCCAACCUGUGUCGUUCCUGACUCCAUGGUGAAACCACUGCCUCCAUCCGAUGUGAAAGCAGAAAUUACUGUAAAAACUGGAUUACUGAAAAUAUCUUGGAAAAAGCCAACUUUCCCAGAGAACAGUCUUCAAUUUCAGAUUCGUUAUGGUUUAAAUGGAAAAGAAAUACAAUGGAAGAUGUACGAGGUGUAUGAUGCAAACUCAAAAUCCGCCAGUCUCCCAGUGCCAGACCUGUGUGCAGUCUAUACUGCUCAGGUGCGCUGUAAGAGGCUGGAUGGACUGGGAUAUUGGAGUGACUGGAGUGCUCCAGCCUACACAGUUGUCACAGACAUCAAAGUUCCUAUCAGAGGACCUGAAUUUUGGAGAAUAAUUAAUGAAGACAUCACUAAAAAAGAGAGAAAUGUCACUUUACUUUGGAAACCCCUGAUGAAACACGACUCAUUGUGCAGCGUGAGAAGAUACGUGGUAAAGCAUAACACUUCCCUCAAUGGAACGUGGUCAGAAGAUGUCGGAAAUCAUACCAAAUUCACUUUCCAGUUGACAGAGCAAACACAUACCAUUACAGUUCUGGCUUUCAAUACUAUUGGUGCCUCUUUUGCAAAUUUUAAUUUAACAUUCUCACGGCCUAUCAGCAAAGUAAAUAUCGUGCAGUCACUCAAUGCUUAUCCUUUAAACAGCAGUUGUGUGAUUCUUUCCUGGAUGCUAUCACUUAGUGAUUACAAUCUGAUGUAUUUUAUUCUUGAGUGGAAAAUUCUUAAUGAAGACGGUGAAAUUAAAUGGCAUAGGAUCCCUUCAUCUGUUAAGAGGUAUUAUAUCCAUGAUCAUUUCAUCCCCAUUGAGAAGUAUCAAUUCAGUCUUUACCCAGUAUUUAUGGAAGGAGUGGGGAAACCGAAGAUAAUUAAUAGUUUUACCCAAGGUGAUAUUGAAAAACUCCAGAAUUAUACAGGUGUAUAUGUAAUUGUGCCAAUAAUUAUUUCGUCUUUAACCUUGUUGCUUGGAACAUUGCUAAUAUUACAUCAAAGAAUGAAAAAACUGUUUUGGGCAGAUGUUCCAAACCCCAAGAAUUGUUCCUGGGCACAAGGACUUAAUUUUCAAAAGAGUACGGACAUUCUUUGAAGUCUAAUCAUGAUCACUACAGAUGAACCAAAUGUACCAACUUCCCAACAUUCUAUAAAGUAUUAGAAGAUUCUUACGCUUUGAAGAAGGGGAGAACUAAAAUAUGAUGGAUUAUGUUGAUUUAGAAUUAAAAUAUGAUGGAUUAUGUUAUUUAAAACUAAAAAGAGUUGGGUAAAUUUGGGACCAGGAUAAGGGUCUGAGUCCAAUUCACUUUGGAUGUAUGAUUACUUUUUAGGUCAUCUAAAGUUUAAAAACCAGCAUUCAUGAUAUCUGGCUUUUGAUUUAUCAUUUGGUCAUAAAACAUUGAAAAAUUUUAAGUGUUGCUAUUACUAUAUAUUCAUUAGAUAUCAUUGCAUAUGGGGUAGACAAUGCUGUAAGUAGGUGAAAACAGCAGCUUCUGACACAUAGCUUUGCAAAUACACUGACUCUAAUUACAGAAUGCAGUAAAAGUAUUUAGUUUAUACUUUUAUGGCCCAAAUUUUUCAUUUAUAUUCUCUUCUAGACAUUUCAAUGUGGUCAGUCUGGGAAUUUCCAUUUUCUCUAUAGCCUCGAAAAUGGCUCAAGUGCUAACUUCCAUCCCAUUUCAAAGAAAGCCGGAAGUUACAGUUGGUGCUGGUCACAGGCCAAUGGAAGUUACAGUUCCUAUCAAGACGACCCAACAUAUCUAGGUCAGAUUGGCUAGAAAACAUAUAAGCUCCCACUUCAGCCUCCUUGUGAAAUUUUUGCCUGACUUUAACUUAUUUAUACUGAACCUCUCAAAGCUUCUGGCAGGCAGGGGGUGUGCAGUGAUGCAAAAAAUGAGACUUUUUUGGAGCUUUUACAAAUAUUUCAUGGUGAGGACAGGACUUUUCUCCCUGAAAAAGACCACCUGCUAUUUUUAUGAACUUAGCAUACUCACUGUGCUAUUUUGCUCUCGUUCAAAAUAAACCAAAGUUUUUGUUUGAUGAACCAAAAAAAAUAAUUCAAAUUUAGGCGAUACAUGGAUCACUUGCAUUUAGAUUUUAUUCAUAGAUUUAUUUGAAUGUAAAAAAAUAACACAAACUAUCAGGAGAACUGUAUCCUUUUUCCCCUUCAUCGACUUUACAUAUAUUUAUUUCCUAUACCCGUACACAUAUUUAGUAUGUUCCCAGACUGUUCUAAACUCAAAAGACUAGAUAAAUAUAGUAAUUUAAGUUAUUUUUAAUGACUAUACUUUUAAUAAAGGCUUAUGACCCACUCAUAAAAUAUUGCUCAAUAAUAUAGGGGUAUGUGAUUUCUAAUUAAUUAUUAUUGGAAUCUUCCAUCCAAAAUGAAUGUAUUUGAUGCCAUGUAAAUUAUUUGGUGUCAAUAAUUAGUUACCAGGUGUGAAGUUUUAGAGCAUGAAAUACGCGAAACAUGUCACCUGAGUUUGACUGCGUACUGUGAGCCAUCUGUAUAUCUUGUUUACACACUGACAGUAUGUAAUUCCCUUAUUUGAUGAUCUUAAUUUCUAGGUUAAUUUAAAUUUUAAGAAAUUCAGUACAUAUAUAGUAGUAACCGUAAGAAAAAGCAAGACAAGCAAGCAAGCAAAUAUUUGAAGGAAAACAUGAAUCCAAUUAUAAAUUUCUGUCAGAAAAUAGGGUCAGAAACAAUGUCUCUUCAAUUAUUAUGUUUAUAUAACAGAAAAGGUUAUGCUAACAUGGUAUUUGUCCUGCAGCGUUUUAAUGUCUAUAGAAAUCUAUUCCAUUAUUAUUAUAUUUAGUGUUUGGUAUAUUUAUUCUUUUAUGGUUAUAAUCACCAAUAAUUUAAGAGUUCAAAACUAUACUAAAUCAAUUACAUUUUUGUACAGCAUAGAUUUGCCAUUUUGAAUUCAGGCAAUAAAUCUCAAUUCACUUCAUUAGUUUCAAAAUUCUAAUAUUUAAACCCUCAAUUAUGUGUAUGAUAUAUAAAUUGAUCGCAUUUUCUAUAGGACUUCAUUUAAUUGUGUUAAUUUUUCAAUGUGAUGUGUCCACAGUAUUCUUUACUUUGCAUUUAUGUUUUUCAGUAUGCUCACACUGUAUGAGUUGCGCUUUUUGCACACAUAUUCUUGAUAUGUAGAUGCUUGGGAGGAUUUUUUUCUUGUGCUAUAACCACCAUUCUGAUAAAAAAUGAUAUGCA